GUCACACCAACUGGCCACACUGGGCUGGUAUGUUUUAUACAGAUAUACACAUUCUGUACACAGACUUGGGAAUAAGCUACGCCCGAGGAGGCCUGUAACAAACGCAAUAUCGAACAGAACAAUGAGACUCUGAAAUUGCUGGGACCAGGAUAGUUUGCAUUUGAAUAUCUGACUAUGGACUAAUGACUGUAGAUGCAACCUUGUCAAAUUGAGUUAUCAUGAGUACUACUAAUGAUGAUGCUAAUCCAGAAGAACAGGAAUCCCCUUUAAAUCCAUUAUGCUUUGAGUGUGGCCAACAGCACUGGACAAGAGAGAACCAUCUGUAUAAUUACCAGCAUGAAAUGGAUGAUGACCUCGUUUGUCACAUUUGUCUGCAGCCUCUAUUGGAACCACUGGAUACUCCCUGUGGACACACAUUUUGCUACAAGUGCCUCCGUAAUUUCUUGCGAGAGAAGAACUUCUGCCCAUUGGACCGCAAAAGGCUUCACUUUAAACUGUGCAAAAGGUCCAGCAUUCUUGUUCACAAACUUUUAGACAAACUGUUGGUGUCUUGCCCUUUUGAAAGUAACUGUCAAGAAGUGAUGCAGCGCUGUGAUUUGGAGGCACAUCUUAAACACCGGUGUUUUGGAGCAUCAAAACACAGAGCUGCUUUACAGGUACGCAGGUCUUGCAGAUUACAAAAUGAGACUGGAAAGGACAGCAGUUCCACUGCAGCAGGGCAACCAAAGCAUGCAUCAUCAGAUACAGACCAAUUUAAGAUUGAAAUGGCAACUUUGGGAUACAAUGUUGCUUCAGCCGCAUCCAUCUGUGCAGAUGGGCAAAGCCAAGAGAAUCCUGUCUUUGAAGGAAGCACGGAGGAAAACACACUAUCAAAGCUACCUAGUCUGCCUGAAGGAGAGAUUACCAGUAUUGAAAUCCACAGAGUCAAUCCCUGUAUGGAGCUAGGUCUGAGUAUUGUAGGUGGAAAUGAAACCCCCUUAAUAAAUAUCGUAAUUCAGGAAGUUUACCAAGAUAGUAUUGUUGCAAAAGAUGGAAGGCUUCUUUCUGGUGAUCAAAUAUUGCAGGUGAAUGGUGUUGAUAUCAGCAAUGUACCUCACAACUAUGCUAGGUCUGUGUUUACACAGCCUUGCUCUACUCUACAUCUCACUGUUCUAAGGGAGAGACGCUUUGGUGUUCGAACAAAUAUCUACCCUGAUGGCAGCUGCAUGAGAGAAAAUGGCUUACAUGUGACUUUGUUUAAAAGAGAUUCUAGUGAACAACUUGGUAUUAAGUUAGUUCGUAGGACAGAUGAAACAGGCAUCUUCAUCCUGGAUGUUCUGGAAGGUGGUUUGGCUGCCCAGGAUGGGAGAUUGUGCAGCAAUGACCAGGUACUUGCCAUAAAUGGACAUGACCUGAAGCAUGGAACACCUGAAGUUGCAGCUCAAAUUAUACAGUCCAGUGGCGAGAGAGUUCAUUUCAUAAUCUAUAGAAGAACAAACGAACAGCUUUCUAAUGUUAUUCGAGAGCCAGGAUCUCUCACGAGUAAUCAGCAUUUGCCCCAGCAUACACAGCUCCUGUACCACAGCAGACCUAGUACUCAAAAGGACCUGUCCCAAUGUGUUACUUGUCAAGAAAAACAGAUCAAUGUAAAGAAAGAACCUCAUGAAUCUUUAGGAAUGACUGUAGCAGGAGGACGGGGCAGCAAAAACGGUGAAUUGCCAAUCUUUGUCACCAGUGUACAGCCGCAUGGCUGCCUCUACAGAGAAGGGAGGAUCAAACGUGGAGAUAUACUACUAAGCAUCAAUGGUAUUGACCUAACCUGUCUGAGUCACAGUGAAGCCGUGGCCACACUAAAAACGAGCGCUGCUUCACCAGUUGUUAUACUAAAGGCACUGGAAGUACAAACAAUAGAAGAGCAGGGUCAAGUUGCAGAUGAGCAAAUCAGCACAAACACUGAGAAUGAAUAUGAUACGACUUGGUCACCAUCAUGGGUCAUGUGGUUAGGAUUGCCAAGCACCCUUCAUACUAGUCAUGAUAUUGUUCUUCGGAGGAGUAACUCAGGAAGUUGGGGCUUCAGUAUUGUUGGUGGUUAUGAAGAAAAUCAUUGCAAUCAGCCAUUUUUUAUAAAAACAAUUGUAUUUGGGACACCAGCUUAUUAUGAUGGAAGACUGAGAGGGCACCUUACCUACCCCAGAAGUGUUCAGGACCAUAUCCAAAGAGAUGCCUUACCUCCCUAAAGGGGUACCCUGCGAUCAAAAGGAAUGCACAAAGAUUAAACCUACACGUUACCAUGUACACUCUACAAGCUUUGCACUUCACAGACUUGGGCUGCAAAAAUAUAACUUGAAUGAAGACAGCUGAUGAUUUAACUGGCCAACUAUCUCCAUGACCAUGCAUGCCAGAAACAUAAUCUGACUCCGUUGCAAAAAUGGAAAAUGCCAUAUUCACGGGAGGGACAUGCAAUUUCCAAGCUUCUCCCCCAUUUUAGUUAGUGACAAAUGGAGCCCAAACAAAACUUAACAAAAGGCAUCCGAUGACCUGGAGGAGAUCAGCAGUAUUCUCCUUUAAGGUUGCUGGAUAUAUAGUUCGGAGGUGUCGGAGCAUCUUGGGAGGAGCAUAUCAUCAAGGUGAGGCAGAAACUUGGCAGAUAAGAGCACCACUCCUUCUCCAUUGCAGGUAAAAACUGGUCAUCAAGUGUGAGGUGCUGUCAGUGUUGUUGUAUGUAGCGCAGGUCUGCCCUAUUCCCUGAGCCUGCAUCACUGCAGUCACCCGGGCUACUUUCCACUUCAUUUCGUGGUCAAAGAUGGACUACAUACAAAGGAUCACCAUGUAAAAGAUUCUGGAUAAGGGAGAAAGAACGUACCCAACACUGCUCUCAUCCUGAUGGCCACCUUUGUGUGCGGUUGUAUCAAGCUGUGCAUAGACCCUCAGUACGCAAACACCAAGUGUCACUACGUACUGAGAUUCUACCCAUCCCUGAUGUUAUGAAAGAUGGGCCUGGCCUUGCUGCAGAACACUCCAAGUAAUUGGACCGUUCCAUAUCAUUUGUCCCUUGUGAAAAAAUGUGUAAAGAAAAAUAACUUUGACCAUAAGCCUAUGAGGUGGUGGUCAGUAUGUAGUGUCCUUGAGACCCCUGUGGGAAAAGGAGAGGGUGAUCCUGUUGAGUUGUUCCCUGAGCAGACUGUCAAAGUAAUUUGGCAGAAUGCCUCAUCACCAGAACUUUCCAACAAACACCAAGAUACUGCUAUUUCCUGAUUUACAGCAUCUGCAGUUCUUUCGGUUUUUAACACCAAGAUGUUGCUUGGCUGGUGGUGAGAAGGGCACGACCUGUGAGGUCCUUAAUGCACGCCCAGACACUCCACCACUGCACACUACCCUUGAAAAUGGAAUGUUCCUUUGCAAAGAAGGUCUGCAGAGUGAUGGAGUGGUUUUUGUCGAGGUUUGUCCUGAGCAGCUCUGUGAUACAGGAUUCUAUGGUCUACGGUCUGAUCCACAGGACGCACACCAAGACAAAUAUUCGAAUGCACCUGGAGGGCCAUCAACUUGGUGAAAAACAUUCUUUGGUCUGCCCAAAACACGUUUUACUUCCAGAGCAAAGAGUUGACCUGGACUGAGAGUUGCAGUUUGGCACAUUCCAAGGUCCAGGAUUAUGUGCUGAGGGACACAUUAAAGCUUGGGGCAGCUGCUGCCAAGGCGCAGUGGGGAAAGACCACUGCUUAAGAUCUUUCUGCUGACGUUCAUUGAGGGUCUGUUUAGUUAUCAGGCCCUCCCAGUGCUUCAAAAGUAUGUAAAUAUAGUCCUGUAUAAGUAAGAAAUGCCUUGGAAAUUUUUUGCAAUUGUAGGGAAUGCCAAAAUCCAAUGUUUGUUUGUUAUACGAGUGCAAAGGGACUGUAUAGAAAUGCUUCAAUAACUGUGUACGUAUACAAAAAUACAUAUACGUAUUUUUAAUGAAUAAAGUAUAUUUUUACAAUAAAAAAGAUUAGCCACCUCCUUGAGGUGUAUUCAGGUACCCUGGACACCAGUAUGAUUUUUUUUCAGUGACUGAAAAUGCUGAGUUGAUUGGGAAUUCCUCAGUAUGAAUGAUUCAUGGAAGCUACCAGGGUACUGUGCACAGACUUGCAAAAAAACUUAAGGUGAUCACAAACAACCUGCACAUUGAGGAAGUGUAAGGACUUCUUGUUAGUGACGGUGUCAGGUUGGUAAAACAGAGCUCUUAAAAUGAUAAGGUUGUAGUCAAUAAUGUCCUGUGCCUGAUGGAAGCCUGCUGAUAGAGCAAAACCUGUGGCUGUUUGCGGCUACGACACCAUAUCCAUCGGUAAGUUAAUGUGCUCUCCCACCCGAGAACCAAAGGGCAUCAGUGAAUCAGUGACUACUUGAUACAGUUGUAUGCUUUCACAUCUAAAGUUUAAGUAAAGCUUUUUUAUGAAAUAAUGCAAAUUUUCUCCCAAUUCCAUUACUCAGUCAAUUUUAUAAAACAAAGAACUGUUAAUGCUGGAGAUCUGAAACAAAAGCUGAAUUGCUUGCAAAAUCAGCAGGUCUGGCAGCAUCUGAUGGAAGAAAGCAGAGUUAACUUUUCAAGUGCGGUGACUCUUCGUCAAUCAAUAAUAUUUGGAUGGAGCUAGUAUGUAUUUCAAUGAACAAUGUAACUUGCUAUUUGCCAUCAUCUAUCCAUAAUCUUAUUACAAAGAAGGCA